UAAAUUUAAUACCUACGAUAAAUUGUAUUUAACUAACAUAAAGAUCGAUCUAUCGAUUAUUAUUAUUAUAAUACCAACCCAUUAAAAAUGACCGAUUACAAGGAAAUUAUUGAAGAAUUUCGAGAUCCCACGAUCGAUUCGUGGCCAUUAAUGAGUUCACCAGGACCUAUACUUUCCAUAGUGUCGAUAUAUUUACUUUUCGUCAUUAAAAUUGGCCCGAAAUUAAUGGAAAAUCGUCCUGCCUUUGAAUUAAAAAACUUUUUAAUCAUUUAUAAUGCUUCAUUAAUCAUAUUUAAUAUAUGGUUAGCGUCUUUGGUUACAAGUAUUGAUCUAUCAGCUUUAAUUCAUUCGAAAGGAUGCAGAUUGCAAAAUCAUCAAUUGUCUAAGAACGGAUCUUUAGAAACAAAGUUGUCAAAAGCUGCCUGGUGGUAUUUCUUCUCUAAGAUUAUCGAACUCUUAGAUACGGUAUUAUUUAUUUUGCGAAAAAAACAGAACCAAUUGACUUUCCUACACAUUUAUCAUCAUAGCAUCACAGCAAUUUUCUCGUGGUGUUAUCUCAAACUAAUUCCAGGUGAACAAGGUAUUUUCAUAGGAAUAAUCAAUGCUGCAGUUCAUAUCAUAAUGUAUACGUAUUAUUUAAUAUCUGCAUUGGGCCCAAAAUAUAAAAAAUAUCUCUGGUGGAAGAAAUAUAUGACCUUGGUACAAUUGACUCAAUUUGGAAUAAUAAUAACUUAUCUUCUAUUCACAUUGGUGAUGGAUUGUGGAGUCCCAAAGGUCUUAACAUAUUUCUUCAUAAUUAACACAGUGAUAUUUAUCUAUUUAUUCAGUAAUUUUUACAAGAAAACCUAUAUUAAACAUAAAAAAGUGUAAAUUAAUUUC